CGCGGAUCCUUAAGCUUCGUUUCAUCUAUUUUAGUUUCAACAUUAACCGCAAUGCCUAGCAAUAACAAAGUUACGAAAAAUGUAGAAAAUAAUGCCAACGGGGCCAGAAAGAAGACUGGUGAGGUAUCAAAGGCUACCCAGGGGCCAGCAAACCCCGCGAAUCGGGAACACCCAAAUGUACCCAAUAAACGCGACAACGAGAAUGUCCCUAGAACAGCAUUCCAGGCGGCAUCAAAAUUAAAACAACGCAAUACAUGGCAUGUGCCAUCAGAACUUUCGAGAAACCAUAAUGAACUAUCCGAGGUGCAAACAAAACACUCUGCACUGGAAGCAGCACCUAAAUCGGCCGCCCCCAUGACACCAAGCACCUGGGAGCGGGAAGCAGCACCUGGAAUGUAUGGGAACGAGUUGGACAACGACAUCUACCGGGGAAUUUCCGAGCUGACAACGGAACCUUCUAGACAGAGACCACAGGCAGGUGCACUGGCAGGUGGCAAUCGGAACAUUUACAACAGCGCAUCUCAGUGGCCCCCAAAUAACUGGAGACACAGCAAGCCAUACGUACCGCCGGAAGCCCCCAUGUCCAUGUGCAAGGAGUACAUCGGCAGCGAAAUAUCCCAGUUUUUUCCAGUACCACCGGAACACCCAAUACUGGAACUCUCAGACGGCAACACAAGCCGCCAGAGACCAGAGUGGAAACAGAACCAGCCACCAAAUACCUGGGAGCGGGAAGCAGCACCCGGAAUGUAUGGGAACGAGUUGAAGAACGACUGCUACCACGAAAUCUACCGCGGAAUAUCCGAGCUUCCACCGGAACCUUCUAGACAGAGACCACUGGCAGGUACCCUGGCAGGUGGCAAUCGGAACAUUUACAACAGCGCAUCUCAGCGGGCAUCAAAUAAUUGGGGACGCAUAGAGCCAUACGUGCCGCCGGAAGCCAUGUCCAAGUGCAAGGAGUACAUUGGCAGCGAAAUAUCCCAGUUUUUUCCAGUACCACCGGAACACCCAAUACUGGAACUCUCAGACGGCAAAACAAGCCGCCAGAGACCAGACUGGAAACAGAACCAGCCACCAAAUACCUGGGAGCGGGAAGCAGCACCCGAAAUGUAUGGGAACGAGUUGAAGAACGACUGCUACCACGAAAUCUACCGCGGAAUAUCCGAGCUUCCACCGGAACCUUCUAGUGAGAGACCACAGGCAGGUACCCUGGCAGGUGGCAAUCGGAACAUUUACAACAGCGCAUCUCAGCGGGCAUCAAAUAAUUGGGGACGCAUAGAGCCAUACGUGCCGCCGGAAGCCAUGUCCAAGUGCAAGGAGUACAUUGGCAGCGAAAUAUCCCAGUUUUUUCCAGUACCACCGGAACACCCAAUACUGGAACUCUCAGACGGCAACACAAGCCGCCAGAGAACAGAGUGGAACCAAAAGCAAGGUGUCGCCACCGAUAUAGUCUUCAAAAACAAAUGGAUUGUCUUAGCAAAGGCAAAGGAAUCUGGACGCCGCGAGGUUCCAAUACCCUGGGCACAACGAGUGGCAGAGGCACGCAGGGAGCAGAAAAUUCAAAUUUUAAAGACCCCGGAGCCAGCCAAUGCUCCGUUAACAACGCCAGCGCGUUGUGUGCCGAAGGAGCUGCAGCAGGUGGAUCGCAUGACGUCGGCGGACUUUCGGCACGACUACGCCGCCCAUCUGCAGAACAUGCGCAUGCGGCUGAAGGACCAGGAGUACGUGUACUACUUCGAGAAGGUCAUCAGGGAGAACGCGCACCUGUUCAAGGGGCGCGUCAUCCUCGUGCUGUCUUGCGGAGUGGGCACCCUGGCGCUGAUGGCCGCCCGCUACGGCGAGGCGAAGCGCGUGUAUGCGGUGGAUCGCUCGAUGGUGACCAACUAUGCGGAGCUGGUGGUGAAGCAGAACCAUUACGAGAGCACCGUGAAGGUGCUGCAUGGUCGCGUGGCCGAGCUGCAACUGCCCGAGCAAGUGGACGGGAUUGUGUGCAACUGGAUGGGCCAGUCGCUGCUCUGGGACUCGGAGAUCCUCGAGGUGCUGGAGGCGCGUGAUCGCUGGCUGAAGAGCGAUGGCUUCAUCCUGCCCGAUUUGGGGGAUCUCUAUCUGCUGGGAAGCGCGGAGCCCGGGCUGAAGGCUCUCUCCAACUGGUGGUAUCACUUGUACGGCUUCAACAUGAGCGCCAUGCGUCAGUAUGCCCUCUCCGAGUUUCGGUUCGCCGAGACCAAAUGCGAACGCGUCCUCACCCUUGCCCAUCGCGUGCUGAAGCUCGAUUUGAUGAGCGCCACCAAGGAGGAUCUCCACGUUGAUCGGGAGAUUCGCCUGAAGGUCAUCCAGGAUGGGUACUUGGAGUGUUUUACGCUGUACUUUGAUGUGACGUUCAGCCGAUGCCAUCGUAAACGCAGGUUCAGCUGCAAUCCCUGUUUCAACAAGAGCCACGAUUCGCUCUGGCUGCAGACCGCUCUCUUCGUCGAGAGCCCCUUUGUGCUCCGCGAGAACCUUUUCUACGGUGGUAGCUUCAUCUUCCGCCCCCUCAAGGGUCAGGGCUUCGACUUGAAACAGAUGGAGAUCAUCAUCAAGCUGUUUGUGAGCGAGCGACCCGAGGGGGAGAUGGCGGAGUGCUUUGGCAAUCGUUUGGUGGCAAAGCGCUGGGUGAUGCUGGACCGCUAUCUGACGGUGGCCGAAGUGCAUAGCUGCCAGGAUGCAGAAUAUUGA